CCAACACCGCAUUAAACAAAACUUGGUUAUGUAAUUCAAUGAAAACCUUUGAAAGUAGAAUUUAGUAUUUAUUAAUCAAAAUAUACACAAACUGAGUUGACUAUGGCAGGAGUUUUUCGCGUUGGACUCCUAAGAGUCUUAUCCAUCAACAGCACGAACAAACUAUUGGCCAACCGAAGCGAACUGAUAGUCCCCAUUCGUACAAUUUCAGGAAAAAAUGCUAGAGCAAUCGCGCCACCCACCAACAAACCGAAGCCCUGGCCCUACAAGACUAAAGGAUAUAAUAUAUUUAACUCCCUUUACGAUAAAACAACUUCAAGAUUUGACGAGAAUUCGAAGAUUAUCGUAGUCGAAGGCCCCAUCGCCGCCGGUAAAACUAAGCUCGCAAAAGAACUGGCUGCCGAAUUGGAUAUGUUGUAUCUGCCCGAGGCAAACCUAGACAUGCUAACGACGAAUAUUUACGGUUUCAAUUUGAAGAAGUUGAACGACCAAAUACCGGAGUCGCUACGCUUCUACGACAUCCCAGAUUUUCUCCUGAAUCCCCGACAUAAAAUGACUGCCUGUUUUCAAAUGCGUCAAUAUGUCGCGAAAUUUUCGCAGUACAUCGAUGCGUUGGCACAUGUGUUUAGUACCGGGCAAGGGGUGAUUUUAGAUCGCUGUGUUUAUUCCGAUUUUGUAUUUAUGGAAUCAAUGUUUAAGCUGAAGUAUAUUUCGCCCGAAGCACGUUCCAUUUAUUACGAUGCGAGAAGUUGUUCAAUCGACGAGUUGUUGAGGCCGCAUUUGAUUAUCUAUCUAGACAUACCAGUCGAAAAAGUAAUGGCUAACGUACAAAAACGCAAUUACACAUGUGAAAAGGACUCCGAGGUAAUCAACCCAAAGUACUUGAAGUCGAUGGAAGACUUGUACAAAUUGGAAUACCUGAAGAAAUUGAGCACACAUUCGGAGUUAUUGAUUUAUGAUUGGUCAGAGCAAGGUGAUAUCGAGGUUGUUGUUGAGGAUAUCGAACGAAUUGACUUCUCAAGAAUUGAUGAGCAGGAUGCUAAAGUGAAAGACUGGGUUUAUCAUUUAGAAGAAGAGUACGGUUGCUUAAGGAAUAAAUACGCCGAUAAGAAAAACCAAUUGAUGAUGUAUUUGAAUAUUCCACGUUUUGACGCUCCUGAAUUGCUUGCAGAUGGCCAAGAUUUUCUGACCUACAGUGAACUAGUCUUAAAUUCCCCCGGGAACGCUUACGAAACCGGAUUCAAUCCUGCAAUGGGCGAUAACGUACUGUUUAGAGUAAGGGACUAUCCUAACUGCGAGACACUACCACUAAUUGAAAGAAGCCUGUCAUAAAUUAAUUGUUACCUAAAUAAAACAUGAAAUUCGUAUUUUCAAUUUUUAUGUAAAACUAAUAUGUAUUUAAACAGUAAAGUGAUAAAACAAAA